UCAUCACAAUUUCAUCACUGUAUAUCCUUCAGGGCUGACUUAUCUACGGCCAUCCUUAAGGACAAGAAGCGGCCCAACAGGCUAGUGGUUGAAGAUGCCGUCAAUGACGACAACUCGGUGGUGGCGCUGGGCCAGGCAAAGAUGGACGAGCUUCAGCUCUUCCGUGGCGACACAGUCCUGCUCAAGGGCAAGAAGCGCAAGCAGACUGUCUGCAUCGUCCUCAGUGACGAGAACUGCCCUGAUGACAAAAUCCGCAUGAACAGAGUUGUGCGCAACAACCUGCGGGUGAGGCUGGGUGACGUGGUGUCGGUGCAGCCGUGCCCUGACGUCAAGUAUGGCAAGCGCAUCCACGUGUUGCCCAUUGAUGACACCAUUGAGGGACUCUCUGGCAACAUUUUUGAGGUAUACCUGAAGCCCUACUUCCUGGAGGCGUACCGCCCCAUCCACAAGGGGGACCUGUUC